AUGCGCCCGCUGUGUCGCACACCUCCCUCGUUGCAGAGUUCUCCUCCACCUGAGCUAGAGGAGGCCGAAAGUGAGAUCACUGCAGUUGAUAGGUCUGGAAUCACUAAAACAGAUAGAGAAGUUGGAUCUAUCAGAUUGUGGCCUAACAACCAAAGGAACAAUUUAGAGAAGGAUGUGCUAGUCACACUUGGUGCAUUGUCAUCCCUUCAAUUUCUAAACCUAAGUAAGAAUCCUUCUAUUCAAGGUUCAUUCACCAAUGAAGAUUUAAUUGAGUUCCAUAAUUUAGAAAUUUUAAACCUUGAUCAUUGUGGAUUAAAUGGAACUAUACCACCUCAAAAUUUGUGUAAAAUGAAAAAACUUAAGGAGUUGGAUCUUUCUAACAAUUAUUUGGAAGGAGACAUACCUACAUGCUUAAACGAGUUAUCAUUUUUGAGACGAUUGGAUGUCAAUAAUAAUCUAUUGAAUGGAAGUAGCCCUAACAGCUUCCACAUGCUUGCCAUGCGAAACAAUUCAUUUUCUGGCCCUUUUCCAUGCGAAGUAUUAUCUUUGAGAGGAAAUGAUUUCACUGGAGAAAUCCCACAUCAGUUAUGUCAAUUGCGAAAGUUAAAUUGGUUGGAUUUGUCCAACAACUUCCUCUCGGGACCUAUUCCUAGUUGCCUCGGUGAUAUGAAUUUUGGGAAAGAGCCAAAUUAUGCCGGUAUAACAUAUAUCGCACCAACUUCAGUUGAAGGAGAGCUUGAAGGAAUGCAGUCAUAUGUUUAUGAUGAUAAUGUGGAGAUGUAUACUAAGUACAGAGCUGAUUCCUAUACUGGUAGGUUAUUGGCAAUGAUGUCUGGAUUGGAUCUAUCAUGUAACAACUUGGAAGGAGAAAUUCCAAAUGAACUCGGAUAUCUCAAUUCCAUCCAUACUCUCAACCUUUCACACAAUUGGUUAAGUGGACCCAUUCCUCAGACAUUUUCAAACCUGAAACAGAUUGAAAGUUUAGAUCUUUCACAAAACAAUCUCAGUGGAGAAAUUCCAUCCAACUUGAUAGAUCUGAAUUUUAUGGGGACAUUUUCUGUAGCAUAUAACAAUCUAUCGGGAAGACUUCCAGAUAUGAAGGGUCAAUUUCAAACCUUUAAAGAGAAUAGUUAUGCAGGUAACCCAUUCCUCUGCGGACCUCCAUUGAAGAAAGACUGUAAGGUCAAGGUCAAGAACAAGAACAACAAUGAUGAUCAUCAUGAUUAUGAUCAUGAUGAUGAUAAAGAUGAAGCUUGGUAUACUAUUGACAGAGAGGUUUUCUUUGCAAGCUUUAUGGGGGCCUAUAUUGUCUACAUUUUGGGAUUCAUUACCGUGCUAUGGAUCAAUACCCGUUGGCGUAACAUGUGGUUCAAUUUCAUCGAAAAUAUCUUGUUUUCAUCUUACUAUUUUCUAUUAGAUGCAUGGUAUAAGUGUUUUAGGGUUCGAAUAUGAUCAUCUCCACAAUCAAACAAACUGUGUUGUUGGAAUA